AUGUAUUCCCAAUCAUAUGGCGCGGGGUUUCAUCAACUAUCCCACCUCCCACAAAACGGCGCCAUCCCUUCGCUCGCGAUUGCCGGUCCUUCCAGAGCCCAACACGCUGGCGAAAUGCAUCAUCACUUUGACCUGAGCCAUCAGCCUGGUCCAGAGAGCCUUAUAGGCAGACCGAUCUAUUUUACUGAAGGACAAUUCGCUGGUAGGACUAUCCGCGCUACCUUGGACGAAAUACAAGCUGCCGCGUUUGGACGCAAGUAUGCCAAAGUUGAUCGGAGACCGCUAGAUCCUCCUCCAGUUGCCUGCCUCCGGCUUUAUGAGGUCUUCAAUCCUGGUACAGCCGCACAGACGGAGCAAGAGCUAGACUAUGAUAAUAUUCACAUUCUAGGCCUCAUGUGUACUGUGGACCUCAUCCCCGUCCCGCCGCCGUCACCUGAGGUGUCGCCGCCAGCAUCGCCAAGCUAUUACCCGGCCGCACCAGCGCCGGACGGAACAUAUACGUUUCGCUCUGUGCCAGACCAUAAUAGUCAUUAUCCAGUGGCCUCGUCUCCCACGACAUCCAAGGCUACAACCGCCCUUGCAGGCACCACUUUUGUCCAGGUCGAUCCUAUACCGUGGAAGGGGAAAACAUCAUUGCUAUUUACAUUCGCCGACCUUGCGGUGAAGAGCGAAGGGUACUUCCUACUUCAAUACCGAUUUUUCGACAUCUACUCGAAACCAAGUGGCCACACCAACCAGCCCAUCCAAGCAGACUGCUUCGGGCAGAUAUUCCGAAUCUAUUCAUCAAAGGAAGUCCCACCGCUGGGAAGAAGCACUGAUUUGACGAAACAUCUCGCACGGUAUGGCGUUCGAGUCAAUGUCCGCGAAACAGAACGGAAACGCAAGCGGAAAGAACGGCCGACCAUCCUCAGCUCGCCGUUCACGACUGAGCGCGUUCCCGACAGAAUCCUCUCCGAUGCAGAUGGGAGUGAUUAUGACGAAGAUUAG